GCAGCUCUAAUUGGUGACUGUCCUCAUGCUUUCUUCUUUCCUCUUUAGGACCAAGAACACAGCCACCGUUUCUCCUGCCAUGCCCAUCCCUGCUCCUCCUCCUCCUCCUCCGGCGCUCCGACCGCCGCUCGGCCUCAAGACCAUCGCCGACGCCAGUCUCGACAGUCCCCGCAAGGCCAACUGCGUCAAGCGCUCGUUUUUCACCGCCGCCGCCCCCCGCAACGCGGAGUGCAAGGAAACAGAGGAGGAGGAAGAAGAAAAGGAGGACAGGAAGGAAGCAGAUCAAGAGGAGGAGGAAGAAGAAGAAGAAGAGGAUGACAGCGUGUGCUGGGCGAGGUACGGGCGGGAUAGCCGGCGUUUCCCCCCUCCGAUGUUGUUGUCGAGGGUGCUGAAGAGGGUCUACGAGGCCGGCGGAAGGCUCGUGAUCCGGGAGGUCAGGGUGGACCACCAGCAGCACUUACGGGCGCGGCGACGGAACGGCCGGCUCACGCUCCAGCUCGUGGAGUUGGUCGGGGUUCACCGAGGCGGUGGGGAGGUAGAAAAAUGUGAGAAAGUGGGAUCGGGGAUGUCGGCGCCGGCGACGAUGUCUUGCUCAGAGUCUGUUUUUGGUAAAGAGGUAGCGUUUGAGGAGGGACGCCGGUUGCAGUUGCCUGUGAGUAGAAUGAGAAUGGUGGUGCAAAAUUAA